GCAGUAUGACUAUUUUAAGUACCUGUGCCUUUAAAUGGGCGGGCCGAUUUGUAUUGUAAUUCGUGGUAGCGCCCUAUAAAAAUGGCAGUGGUUGGCUGGGGGUCGAAGGCUGGCAAGGUUCUUCCGGUUACCUGACUUCGUGGUAAAGAUCUGCAUACGACGGAUUUAUUGGAGGCGGCUGUUUGGUAGGUGGCAGCGGGCAACGUGGAGGGAGUUUAUCCGGCUGGUUGGAGAUCACUACGCCAUUAAGCAUUGCUGCUCUGCCUGCUUUUACAGCUGCGGUCUGGAUUGCCUGUCCUGCAGUUGCUGCUGCUUUGCCUCUUUGCCUCUGCUCUUGUUUUCUCUCCUUUUUUUGUGUAUUGAAUGUGAGGGAUUUUAUUUUGUGUGUUUUAAGAUUCUUUGGGGUUGGGAUGCCAUUAGGGAGGAGGGGAACUUUGUGGUGGCAUGUUGUAUUGUGUGUAUGCAUGGGAGUUGUAGUGUUUUGUUUCAGGAUGCCAUCUGUUGUUUUGACUGUUUAACCUCCUACCCUGUGUGGACCAGCCCCGAGGUUUUAUCUCGUCGUGUGGAUGGUGUUUUUUUAAUUUUGUUUUAAUAAAAGAUUGUAAGUGGAGCCACGUCUCUUGCUGCCGUGUAUAACGGACCUGAGUACCUUUCUCUUGGAGUUUCAUUUAGCUUAGGAACUAUUUCCCUGGGCGCAAUUCCCAGGGUGGCGUAGUCGGUGUCUUAAGGGGUGGUUCCCCUGAACUCUGAGCCCAGCGCUGCGACAACUUGGCGUAGUCGGCAGGAUUUACUUCGGUCAGCAGAGACGUGUGCUCCAUUUUAUGUUUUUUUUUUUGGAACUGUAAUUUGGAAGAGGCAAGGCAGCAGCAGUUGGUUUUGUGGCUAUUUUUAAGUAAUAUCUGGAUAUUUGAGUGACCCAUUGUUUGGUACUCCAAGCUACUCAGUUGUGCAGCCUGGUCUCUAUGGUGCUAUUAUGGAGGAAGAAUUGCAAGAAUUGAGGAACCUAGUUUUGCAGUUGCGGACUGAUAACGAACAGCUUCGCCAGCAGCAGGUUGCUUGUAUAUUUGAACCGGGUGCUACACCUUCUACCUCAGCACCUCAUGCAGCCCUCUCCAGCCCUAUAGUACCUGCAGGAGAGCGAGUGGUGUUUGUACCUCGGGAGCGCAAGUGCCCCAUGUUCGGAGGACGUUCUGGUAUAGGGUUGGAUGAGUGGCUUGAGGAGGUACAGGCAUGUAUGCGGGCGCGGCAUUUAGCUGUGUCUGAUCAGGCGUUCUUUUUAUUUGACCAUCUAGAAGGGGAAGCUCGUGAGGAGAUAAGGUACCGCUCUGGUGUAGAACGAGGGGAUCCGGCUUGCAUAAUUGAUGUUUUGCAGGAGUUGUAUGGGUGCUCGGAGCCAUAUGUAGCUUUGCAGGAGGCUUUCUUUUCUCGGAGGCAACAAGAAGGGGAGACACUGCAGGAGUUUUCCCUUUCAUUGAUGGGCCUUAUGGAGAAGGUGAAGCAGCGGGCCCCCAGUGGCACAUUGAAUGCUGACGUUUUGUUGAGGGACCAGUUUGUUGAGCAUGUUUUGGAUGGUGCUCUCCGUCGUGAGUUAAAGCAGAUGGUGCGUAGGCAACCCACGGCCACCUUACUUGAUGUAAGGGGUGAGGCGAUUAGGUGGGAGCGAGAAGGUUUACCGAGUAGUCGUGGCCGAAGUCAGUCUGUUCCAUCAGCUUGUGGUAUCCAGUAUGGAGUACAGGGUAAUCCCCGGGGUGUGGGUGAUUCCGUCCGGGGUUCUGAGAUGCGUGAGCUGAGGGAACUACUAAAGGGCCAGCAAGAGCAAUUGCGCCUACUUACCCGGAGUGUUGAGCUCUUGCAGAGCUCUCAUCAGCGUAGUCGUUUCCCUCGCAGCAGUUCCAUCAUUUGUAGACGCUGUCAGCGGCCUGGGCAUAUUGCUAGGGAGUGUGAUGGGGUUCAGGCUCCUUCUCGGUUCCAGUCUUCAGCUGCUCCCCCAUUUUCUGGAGGAGAGCCUCACCCACAGCCAGCGUCGGGAAACUAA